GUCCCGUCUGAGCUGGGAGGAGGCAGCCACAGCUGUGUGUGGACCAAUUGUCCAGGAAUCAGCCUGGGGACAGAGCCCAGGCGGGCGACAGGAGCUCUGGAGCCUGCCUGCCUGGCUGGGUGGCAUGUGCUUGUUUUGGUUUCCCUCCCCAGCCCCCCAGGCGGGAGGAGGAGCUGGGUGUGGGAACCACCACGUCAGACAGGAGGGAGCAGUUCAGCCUUGGCUGGGUGGCAAGGCAGACCGACUUCCAGCCGGAUCCUCCCAGCGUGCUGCUCCCUGGGGCUCGGCUCUGGCUGCCUGGGGGGAGCAGGUCAGUGGCAGAGGACCCUGCUUUAUCUCUGGGGAACAUGCUAGUGUCUGGCCGGCUCCUGUUGGGGUUCCCAGCUCCAGAGGCUGAAAGAAGGCACCUGCAUCCUCAGCUUACAGGCCUGAAGGGAGCAGCUGGCUCCGUACAGACCCACUCCCACCAGAGGCUGCUUGUAGGCAGGGGGUGGGGUGGGGGUCCCUGCAUGGGGACCCUGGAUGAGUCUUUGGAGCCCUGCUGUGAAUGCUGGGAGUAGUAGUGGGCUCUGCAUGACACAGGGAGAUGUGGCCUCUCUGCCUCCCCUCUGGCUGGCUGGGCAUCCAUGGGGAUGGGGGAGGGAGCCCUGCUCUCCCCCUCUGGGUGGGGCUGGUGGACAGAGAGUGGCCCCAGCCACUCACGCCCCUUUGCUGAUUGUCUGUUCCCUCCUUUGGCAGUGCUGGUACCACACGUUGGUCUAAUUCUCCAUGGCAACAGCACAGGCCCCUCAUGUGACCUGUGACCCUGGCAACUGCCUCCUUGACUCUUCCCUAGCCUCUGCGCCUGGGAGCUACGGCUGCGGCAUGGGCAGCGUGGGCAGCCUGGUGGAGAAGCAGGACUUGACGCCUGUGGAGCUGCGGGCGGUGCUGGGGGGCUCGCGGGGGCUCCGGCAGCCGGACGGCCUGCUCCGGAAGGGCCCGAGCCAGCGGGAGCUCUUCAGCUACCUGCACGGCGCCAGGAAGGAGCCCCGGGCCGAGAGGAAGCACCAGGCGCUCGGGGGGUCCUGCAACCGGGACUACGAGAGCGACCGUGAGAACCGGUCCCCUGACCGCUACUCCCGCGAGCACCACCGGGGGGCAGACUUCUCCAAGAGCUCGCUGCCGGAGCGGGGCCGCUUUGACAAGUGUCGGAUCAGGCCAUCGGCCUUCAAGGCAGUGGCUGGGAAAGGCCUGGUCUCCAUGCAGGGUCUGGCCUCAUCUAAAGGGCAGAAGCUGUCGAAGAGCAACGGGAGCCUGCACACCCUCCUGUCCCAGAGCAGCACCAGCACCGGUGCCUCCUCCCAGCAUGGCCACAUGCGCACCCACCUGCUGCACACCAUCAGCUUAGACGAGGCCUCCAAUUCCAGCCACAACUCCAUCCAGAGCUUCCCCAUCUAUCCUCCCCACUUCAAACCUGCCCAGGGCCAGUUCAGCGCCUCCAUGGGCCACAUCAACCACAUUGGGGGCUCCCUUGACAGGGCCUCCUGGGGCCCCAGAGACCCCCUGGCAGUGGAGAAAGCACCUCUGUCCUGCAAGAGCAUGGCCACGCUAAGCCGUCUGCAAAGCUCUGGGGAGCCCCCACCCCCCUACGAGUUCACCUACUCCCUGGAGGAUGUGGUGAAGCAGCUGGAGGACCGGCUGCAGGAGAAGAGUGGGGAGCUGUGGCAGUUGAAGAGGAGCCUUAGUGAGACUGAAGACCCCUUCACGCAGGUUUUCGAGGACAAACAGCAUCUGUGGAUGGAUGCACUGGACGAGCUGAAGCAGAUGUAUGUCGCCAAGCUGCAGCAGGUGACCCAGCAGGCCCAGCGCAGCCAGCGGGCACUGCAGCUGCAGCUCUACAAAGCGCAGCAGGAGAAGAAGCGGCUGCAGGAGGAGCUGAGCCUGCACCAGGGCCAGUGCGAGGAGCUGAGGCAGUGGCAGCAGCAGUGUGAACGUGUCAGCCCCAAACUAGAAGAGACCAGGUGGGAGGUUUGUCAGAAGGCAGCUGAGAUCUCACUGCUCAAGCAGCAGCUUCGAGACUCCCAGGAGGAGAUGGCCCAGAAAGUCAGUGAGAUCUUCAGCUUGAAGACCCAGCUGCGGGAGGCCCGGGCAGAGGUGCAAGCCAAGGACUCUCAGCUGGCCCAGCUAGGGGACUCCUUCCAGGCCCCACCAGAGCCCAGCUUCUCCCUCCCUUUGGGGGAUGCUCCCAUGCCAGUCUGCCAGGACUUCUCUGGCUGUGAAACUGAUGACUCCAAGUGUUGGGGUCUUCACAGCGAGAGUGGUGAGCCCCCGGAGAGGCAGGUGGAGUGGCUGUGGGCAGAGCUGCUGCGUGAGCGGCGCCAGGGCCAGCUGAAGGCUGUGAACUUUGAGCUGGAGAGGAAAACCUGGCAGCAGGAGAAGGAGAAAGUGCUGCGCUACCAGAGGGAGAUCCAGGCAAGCUACAUGGAGAUGUACCACCGCAGCCAGGCUUUGGAAAGGGAGCUGCGGCAGCUGCGGGCUGAGCCCAGAGAUGCUGACGCAGACUCACCCUGGAUCGAGAGAGUCGAGUCUUCAAAAAUCUGAAUGGGAAGCCAGCAGCCUGGACUGGGAAGGAGCAAGAGCUCUUGGGAUGGUACCCAGGCUGCACCAUGGAUUGACUGGGCUAGCCAAGGGGGCUUCUCCAUUCAGACUGAUGAUGCUGUGAGCACUGCAGGUCCAUCCCUGGGGGAGUCUCAGGAGCAAGUGUUACUUCUGCCUCUGCAACAGAGGCCUGUGCUCCAACAGCUGCCUUGGGCAGGGCAAGUUUGCACCAUGAUUUUUACUGUCUGGCAAACAGAAGCCCAGCAUCAAGUGGGAUUUCCUGUUCCUCCUCCCCCAUCCCCUGCUGCUUCCUACCCCAGCAAGGGCUCUGGCCCUGCUGGGGAGAUGCCCAACUUCCUCUCCUUACACUGUCCAAGCUGCAUGCCUGCCAGUCUUGCUGCAUGUCCUUCUCACUGAGGCUGCACUGCUCACUGGCCCCAGCAGAGAGCUGCAGGCAGAGUAAACCUGCCCUGCUGUGCCCAUGCAGGUAGCCUGGCCUUGGGGCUUGAGGCCUGGGAAAUGUGAAACACGGAUGCUGCGGAGCACUUCCUGCCAGGGCUAGAGCCGCCCUGGCACCUGGCUCUGCUGGAGUCUCUGCAGCAGGAGAAAAGGAGAGCCUAGAGGGCUCAUGCCCCGGGGGACAGGUGCAGGGGCUUUGCAGACCACCCAGGGCUGUGGCCUCUGUGCUGGGGCUUCUCGUGCUGCUUCGGAGCUGGGUCGGUAUCCUGACCUAGAGAAGGGGAGAUGGAAAGCAGCUCCUGCCAGAGAGCAUGCACCGUCGCUCAGACCUAUCCUUGCCCACCCUCCCCCGUUCUGGCCCAGCCGACGUCUGGGUAUGAAGCUUUCCCGUGAGGCAGUAGCACAUGCCUAGUGAGAUGAGAUAAAUGAAGAACCUUUUCCCCCACCGGCCCAGCCCAGCCCAGGGUGAGGGGAGGGAUGGGACCUGCCUGUGUAGAGCGAGAGCCUACAGGAGAGCACCUGGUGGGGUCACAGGCACAAGUGCAAUCGGGGGAAGGUAUGGUCAGCUUUCCCCCCAUUCAGCUGCAGAGCACCCAGGGAAGCAGAACGUAGGCUGUGGCUUGGUGCUGAG